AUGCGACUGCCCAUGCGAUUCAAGAUCGACCCCUCAGUUCUGGAUGGACGAUGUAUGCGCCGUUUUCAGCUGGCUCUGAUUCAAAGCGAUCUGCGCGAGCAGCUGACGGGGUAUAGCAGUCUGUGGAGCGUGAAGUUCUCGUUUCUGUUCUUACUAAGGAAAUUGGUGGAUCGAAAUUGCAUUACAGGUCAUUCAAUCUGGCUGGGCUGUCUCGCCUUGAAGAUAGCUAUGUCUCUUGAUAUCGGGACCGACGCAGCCGUCAUCGUUAACUCUGGAAAUGUUCUUCGGAGAACCAAGAUCAACUGGUUUUGA